AGAGCUCUUUGCUUCUCUGGGAGUUGACUAUAAUAUCUUGGAACUUGAUCAAGUCGAUGAUGGAGCCAAUGUUCAAGAGAUGCUGUUGGAAAUUACUAAUCAGAAAACCGUGCCGAACAUUUUUGUGAACAAAGUACAUGUGGGUGGAUGUGACCGAAUCUUCCAGGCACAUCAGAACGGGCUGUUACAGAAGCUCCUUCAGGAAGACUCGGUGCAUGACUACGACCUCAUCAUCAUCGGCGGGGGCUCCGGGGGCCUCUCGUGUGCAAAGGAAGCUGCCAUUUUGGGAAAGAAAGUGAUGGUGCUAGACUUUGUGGUUCCAUCCCCACAAGGCGCGUCCUGGGGUCUUGGCGGCACUUGUGUCAACGUGGGCUGCAUUCCUAAGAAGCUGAUGCAUCAGGCUGCUCUCCUGGGGCAGGCGCUCAACGACUCGAGGAAGUUCGGCUGGGAGUACUCUCAACAAGUGAAGCACAACUGGGAGACCAUGACACAAGCGAUCCAGAGCCACAUCGGCUCUCUGAACUGGGGCUACAGGCUGUCCUUGAGGGAGAAAGGCGUGACCUACGUCAAUUCCUAUGGAGAAUUUGUUGAGCCUCAUAAAAUAAAGGCAACCAAUAAAAAAGGACAGGAAACGUAUCAUACUGCCUCAAAAUUUGUCAUAGCAACAGGUGAAAGGCCACGCUACUUAGGAAUCCCAGGAGAUAAAGAAUACUGUAUUACUAGUGACGAUCUCUUUUCUCUCUCCUACUGCCCUGGGAAGACCUUGGUGGUGGGCGCCUCCUAUGUCGCUCUGGAGUGUGCUGGAUUCCUCGCUGGUUUCAGCUUGGAUGUUACAGUCAUGGUGCGCUCAAUCCUUCUUCGUGGCUUUGAUCAAGAAAUGGCAGAGAAAGUGGGUGCCUCCGAUAAACCACCAGGAAACCGGAAUUAUAUCCCAAUAAUGAUCCAACAGUUGGAGAAGGGUUCACCUGGAAAGCUGAAAGUAUUGGCGAAAUCCACUGAAGGACCAGAGACCAUCGAAGGAGUAUAUAACACAGUUUUGUUAGCAAUUGGUCGUGACUCAUGUACAAAGAAAGUAGGCUUGGAGAAGAUUGGUGUCAGAAUCAACGAGAAGAGUGGUAAGAUACCAGUGAAUGAUGUGGAGCAGACCACUGUGCCCUAUGUCUAUGCUGUUGGGGAUGUCCUGGAGGGCAGGCCGCAGCUCACUCCAGUAGCCAUUCAGGCAGGCAAGCUGCUGGCUCGGAGACUCUUUGGGACCUCUCUGGAAAAGUGUGAUUACACGAAUGUUCCCACCACAGUGUUUACCCCUCUGGAGUAUGGCUGCUGUGGACUAUCUGAGGAGAGAGCUAUUGAAGUUUACAAAAAGGAGAACAUGGAGGUGUAUCACACUUUGUUCUGGCCCCUGGAGUGGACAGUAGCUGGCAGGGAAAACAGCGCCUGUUACGCAAAGAUAAUCUGCAACAAAUGUGACCACGAUCGCAUCGUAGGACUUCAUGUUCUUGGACCGAAUGCUGGUGAGAUCACCCAGGGGUUUGCAGCCGCCAUGAAGUGUGGGCUCACGAAACAGCUGCUCAGUGACACCAUCGGGAUCCACCCCACAUGUGGGGAGGUAUUCACAACUCUGGAAAUUACAAAGUCAUCGGGCCUAGACAUCACCCAGAAGGGCUGCUGAGGCUAGCCCGCUGCUGCCGGCCCUCCUUCCCUUCUCCACUCUCUGAAGACCAGAUGCCCUGUGCCCUGGACACUGUGGGCACAGAGUCUGACAGAGAUGAGAAGAGGACAGGAGACGGCAGCAGCGGCCCAGCCCUGGCUGACGGCAAGCAGCAGGAGGACUGCGCCCUUGACGCCCUGGCCCCGAACCUGCACCCAGGUGAGCCGCGGCCGACUCUUGCACGUCAGACCUGAACUCCUCCAAGCCCUUAGGAUGGACAGUUAGCCACAUUGCCUUUUGUCCCUGCGGGAGUCCCUGCGCUCUCUCUUUGCAUGUCCCUGGAGAUACUCUGGUGGAACUGACAGUCAUGGAGCAACUUCCCAGCAUCUGGGCCUGGCCCAUGCCAGUCCAUGGCUUCUGGGAGACACACUCGCCACUGCAAGAACACCGUGUGCUCCGCAUGGGCUCUAGUCAACUGUAGAAUGCAGCCUUGCAGUGCAUUUCACCUGCUGUCAGUGUCCCGACUUGGGCCCGCCAGAUGCCUGUGCUGGAGCCUUGAAGCCCUUGCCUGCCUGAGUGUUGCUGGCGGGAGGCGCUCCGGUCAG